AUGUCGUCCGACUUAAUGGAGUUGUUGGCGGUGAUCGCGCAACUACCACCCGGAUCGAGCGUUACAAAGCCUGCCUUGGUAAAAGAGUCAGUCUUUGUGACAAUUGUCUGGGCAGGAACGGCAAUUUCAUUCCUGUUCGUCAGUGGCCGCAUAAUCGUCCGUCUCCGAACCUCAGGUCGAUUGUGGUUCGAUGACCUGUUCGUCGUCAUAGGGUGGCUCUUGAUACUAGGAUCGUCAAUUGUUUGGCGUUACGCAGAGCGAGCAAUGUACCUCAGUAUAGAAGUCGCUGCUGGCCAACUCUCACCACUAGAAUAUACGACCUACAUUCCAGACACUGAGCAUUAUAUGAAGUCGACAGUGGCCAUCAUCAUCUUGUUUUAUUCUAGUUUAGCUGCCAUCAAAAUAUCGUUCCUGUUGUUCUUUCGAAGACUUCUUAGCGGGGUACAUAUCAGGGUGUUGAUGAUUCAGUGGUGGGUGGUCUUCGGAAUUACAAUCGUGACUUGGAUCGCAUGCAUUGCGGAUACUCAGUACAAAUGUUUGGCGGCGCCUUAUAUUAAGAUUGUACAGGAAUGCACCAAACAGUGGUCUGUAAAUUUCCAGCGCAUUACGUUAACAGCGAAUUGCGUUAUGGAUGUUGUCACAGACGCACUUAUUAUAACAAUUCCAGUAGCAAUACUGUGGAACACGCGAAUUCCCAUGAAGCAUAGGCUGGCACUUGCAGGCCUAUUCGGGUUGACAAUUGUCACAAUGACCUUCGCCAUCGUGCGAGUAGCCGUUGUUCUUUCGGCCACCGAACAAGCCGAUGUCAGUUGGUUGUACAUGUGGAGUGCUAUCGAGCCUCCUAUCGCGGUGAUAAUCUCCUGUCUCAUCUCCUUCCGCGCCCUGUUCGGCUCAGCUGCGGUCCGAACUCGCCCUACAGGGUCGUACACCAGAACCGGCAACUCUUCCUUCAUGAGCAACCCUUGGAGACGACUUAUAAACCGUACCAAGGAUGGAAGUAUUGCCUUGAAGGAUAUAUCUAAUGGAGAUACUCAUCAUUCAGGCAAAAUUAGACCAGAAGGUUACAGGACAGCUUCCAGCGAACAAAUUUUGGAUCGUCAGGAGAGUCAGCUUUCACAUGUUGCAAAGUAUCAUGCAUAG